GGAGGCUUCAAUGCUUCUCGCCGCCACUCACUCUUCCACAUUCACUUCUUACUCACUUAUUUGAUGUCAGACUUCUUCACUUCGACAUAUACUUGCCUGUCCUUGUCUUUCCUUUACUCUCUCUUUUCCUGCUCUUUGUUUCUCUCAAUAUCUUGUAUAGCAUCCUAGGUGCAAUCCUGCUCGGCAUCAACUCGGUCUCACGGUCCUCCUCUCCCCCCUGACUCCCUGCCGAAUCCCUGACCUGGUUGAACUUUGUUCAAUAUGCGAUACUACUACGCUGCGUCCCUCGCUGCGGCUCUUGCUCCUCUGUCCGAUGCAUUGCAUCUCGUUCGACGCGAUGUGCCUGCUGUUCUACAUCUAGAAACACAGCGUCGUACCGACAUCGAUUUUAUAGCCCACGACCGUCUGCGGCGGGGACUCGGAAAGCGGGACGGCAAAACCCUACAGGCAGACCUCGAUAACCUACAAACACUAUACUUCGCGAACGCCACUUUGGGUACGCCUGAACAAUCGUUCCGAUUUCACAUCGAUACAGGUAGCAGUGACCUGUGGGUCAAUGCCGCCAAUUCAUCCUUCUGUGAAGACUCCAACAACGGCUGCAGUGAUUCUGGCACCUACAGUCCCGACGACUCCUCGUCCUAUGAAUUCGUAAACGAUGACUUCAACAUCUCAUACGUAGAUGGCUCCGGCGCUACCGGAGACUAUGCUAAGGAAACUUUUAAAUUCGGUGGCGCAACAGUCGAUGGCCUUCAAUUUGGUAUUGGGUAUACUUCUUCGUCUCCUGAAGGCAUACUCGGUAUCGGCUAUACCACGAAUGAGGUGCAGGUGCAACGUGUCCAAGGUGGACAGCCGUAUCCCAAUCUGCCACAAGCUCUGGUUGACAAUGGAAUGAUCAAUUCGAACGCUUACAGCCUGUGGCUCAACGAUCUAGACGCCAGCAUGGGCUCUAUCCUGUUUGGAGGUGUCGACACAAGGAAGUACAACGGCGAGUUGCAGACUCUGCCUGUAAUUGCUGAGAGCAAUGGUAAGUACGCAGAGUUCAUCAUUGCCUUGACUGGAAUGGGUCAAAACGGUCAAAACGGCUCCAUCUUCUCCGAUCAAACGGUACCCGUUCUACUGGACUCCGGCAGUACCUUAAUGUACCUCCCCGAUGAGGUUGCUGACGCUCUAUUCACCUCGAUGAAUGCUCAAUACAACUCUCGAGCAGGCGUUGCUUCAAUCGACUGCAGCGCCGCCGAUAGUACCGACACCCUAGAUUUCACCUUUAGUGGCCCCACCAUCAGUGUGCCCAUGAAUGAACUGGUCAUUGUGGCAAGUGUCAGUCGCCGUGGUGUAGAGAGUUGCAUCCUGGGCAUUGCACCGUCUGGGGGCUCUACUGCAGUGCUAGGAGACACGUUCCUUCGCUCUGCCUACGUUGUAUACGAUCUUCAGGGCAACACCAUUUCCCUUGCUCAGACCGCCUUCAACUCAACCGAAUCCAAUGUCCUCGAAAUCAACAGUUCUGGUGACAUUCCUAAUGCAACUGGUGUACCUGGCGCUAUCGCUACCGCCGAUGUUACCGGCGGAGGUGCUCGCAACGGUGGUGCUGGUAGUACCAACAGUCAAGGUGCUGGACCUCGAGCUACUGCUAUGCCAUGGGCCGGUGCUGCAGCUGUAGGUGUCGGUCUUUUGGCCGUAUUGUAAACAAGUGAUGAAAAUCGAUUUUUUCAGCCAAACUUUAUGGAUGCAUUUACAGGCGUUUGGUAUCUCGCUAGACACUCGUUUCAAGCGUAGCAUUUGUUUGGGUAUAUACAUUCUCUGCAUAGGAAUUUUGGUUAUUUCGCGGCACACCGCACCGCCAGUACAUAUUACAUAGAACAUGAGUCACAGCCUCAGUAUUUUUCGUAUAUCACACAUCAAAUUCUUUUAUUCAUGAU